UAUAACAACAUGAAUAACCAUUCAAGAUUAUUUCUCCACUUGAAAUCAUGAGACAAAUUGCUCAUAUUACCCUACCUAAUGCCUAUAUAGCAAUCAAGAAACCUCCCUAAGGCUCAAAGAAAAAAAUAAAAGAAAUUAAAAAUUUCUUGGUUCAUAUAACUAUUCCAUUUACAGAUAGGCUUUAGAUUGAUAAAAACAUAGACAUAGAUAGAGAGGGCAAAAGAGUGUGUAUAAGAUAUGCUCACUUCUCCUCAUCUUCCUAGCCACUUCUUAAAGCUUGGAUCAAUAAUAUUCUUCUUUCUUUAUAUUUCUUCAUACCAAUUCACUAUUAAGCUUCAAACAAACAAUCACAAUAACCUAACCUUGUUGUUGUUCUUCAAAUUCAUCUCCCUUCUCGUACCGCGAUCCAAAGGUUAGAUUAUUUUUUUAGGGAAAGGUUGAAUCAUCAAAGGUAACAUAGAACAUAGGGUUUUGUUUGAGCAUUAGGUGAAGUUCUUUGAUUGGUUUUUUGUUUCUUGAAAUAAUGGGUUUGAGUUCUAAACAAGUUUCAAGUGAUAGGCAUGGUUGGAACCAAGCUUUGUUGCAAGCUAGCAACUUAGAGCUUCCAAACCCUCCUUCUUCAUUGAAGAGGCAACAACCCCAACAACAACAACAACAACACCAACAACAAGGUCAACAACAACAACAACCUGAGCAACUGAAUUGCCCUAGAUGUGAGUCAUCCAACACCAAGUUUUGCUACUACAACAACUACAACAAGUCACAACCUAGGCAUUUCUGCAAGGCUUGUAAGAGGCAUUGGACUAAAGGUGGGACGUUGCGCAACGUCCCAGUUGGCGGUGGCCGGAAGAAUAAGCGUCUCAAGGCAUCGAAUUCCGGUAGCAAGACCGCCUCGAAAACCAAAAGUUCUACAACCAAUAACACCUCCAAUGACAACGUUAAAGCUUUAAUACAAAGCCAACAACGUCAACAGCAACAACCACCAACAAGGUUUAGUCUCCCUCUAGGAGAAGCAUCACUAAUAAAUGGGUUUGAUGAGAAAAACACAACUUUCUCUGAGGCAUUUUAUCAAACACUUGGUCGGCAACCACCUUCUUCACUCCCAGAAACCUCCAUUACCUUCAACAACAAGAGCUUAACUGAUGGGAUUUUUCUAUCUCUUCCCCAAAACAACAAUGAUCAAGAACACCUUCAAUUCCCAUACACAAAUCUUGGUAAUUUUGAGAACAACCCAAGUUCGAUUUCUUCCUCAAAUUUCUACAAUUUUACAGGGGAUCAUCAUCAAAAUCAUCAAAUUUCUGCAAAUGGGUUGGAAGAAUCAGUGAUUAAUACAAGUAAUAGCAGCUCAAUGAGUGUGAUUGACAUGUCCAGCAAUUGGGGUUGGGAUGAUUUUGAUAAAUUUGUUUCAGUUGAAGCUGAUCUUACCAUGCCAUGGGAUGAAACAGAAAUCAAGCUGCCAAGCCCUUGACAGUUGACACCAUCAAGUAAUAAUAGUAUAAAAACUUUAUAUUUAAUUUUAUAGUAUGAUCUUACCAUAUUAUUACUAUAUAUAACUUAGUUAGUUUAAUUAAUUAGUAAUUAGUGUGUGUUAAUAUGGAUUUGGGGUAAUUUUUUUUAACUUUUGAUAAAUUUGACAAUGUUUUGUUCUUUUAACUGCUGUGAUAAUAAUGUAAUAGAGAUUAGUGACUACUAUUAUUUAAAAUCUGCC